GACUUGCCAUUUGACCCACGCAGGAAAUCGUGCGAUGCGGCUCAUGGUGUCCGAGAAGUCGGUUAGGCGGUCGUUGUCUCUAUAUACAAGGAGGACUUCAAAAGGGGCGUAUCCCCGACUCGAGAGAUAAGGAUGUCAUGACCAUCAACUAUACCAUACACAAAGGCUAUCAAGAUGCGAGCGGCAAUUUUCAGCUUGGGCCUCUUCGCUGGACUGUCGCGAGCGGGAGUGCUGAAUAAGCGCGCAGUCUUAGUAGACUGUCUCGCAGAGGCGGGAACGGCUAUUGACGCGAUUGAUUCGCAAGACUGGGAGAGGGACACAAGACCAUUCAACUCCUUACUUGCCUACAAGCCCGACGUAGUGGCGGUACCUACAACGACAGAACAGAUUCAGAACGCUGUUCUCUGCGGCGCUAAAUCGGGAUACAAGGUGACGCCGAAGUGUGGCGGCCAUAGCUACGCAUCGUAUGGACUAGGAGGCGAGGAUGGUCAUCUGGUCAUACAACUAGACCGGAUGUUCGCAGUCAAGCUAGACACUAAGACGAACAUUGCUACAGCAGAGGCGGGUACACGCCUUGGUCAUCUUGCCGUGGAACUUUGGGCUCAAGGGAAACGCGCCAUAUCACAUGGUACCUGCCCGGGUGUUGGAAUAGGAGGCCAUGCGCUCCAUGGCGGCUUCGGAUUGAGCUCUCAUACCCACGGACUAGCCCUCGACUGGAUAAUCGGGUUAAACGUCGUGUUAGCAAAUGGCACGCUUGUCCACACUUCGGCCACGGAGAACUCGGACCUCUUCUGGGGUAUGCUCGGCGCCGGGUCGAAUUUCGGAGUAGUCACCUCCUUUGAGCUCAACACAUUCGCGCCGCCGGCGAAUUUGACCUGGUUCGUCGUCAAUCUGCCGUUGAAGAAGGAGACUGCAGUGGCAGCGUUGGAAGCGCUUGAGGACUAUACUAUAAACACAAUGCCUGCGGAACUGAACAUGCGCAUCAUGGGAACACCGCGGAUGACUCAGCUAGAGGGGAUUUUCCAUGGCGAUAAGGCAGGACUCCAGAAUGCCCUCGCGCCGCUCUUGAGUAAGACUGGAGGCAACAUUCUCGCGACAGGCACGACGGAUUGGCCUGGCAGUUUGUCACACUUCGCGACGAUGAGCCUGAACCAGACACACCCACAUAAUGAGCAAGAGACGUUUUAUGGCAAGAGCCUAGAACUCACAGGUCUCAGCGGAGACGCAGCACAAGACUUCGUCAACUACUGGUUCGACCAUGCCAAGAGCGUCUCGGGCGCGUGGUAUUUCCAGCUCGACCUCCAAGGCGGCAAGAACUCAGGGGUAUGGAAUGCCGACCACGCCGUAUCCUCGUACGCGCAUCGCGACAAGCUGUAUCUCCUGCAGUUCUUCUACCGGUCGACGACGAAAGCCGUGCCGCCGGAGGCAAUGAAAUUGGUAGACGAGUGGACUCUGUCGACGAUCAAGUCCCUUGCCGCGCCCGACUAUGGCAUGUACAUCAACUACCCGGAUCUCUCGCUGAACCGGACGGCGGCGCAUGAUAUGUACUGGGGUAAGAGCAUGCCUAAGCUACAGCAGCUGAAGGCGCAGCUUGAUCCUCAAGAGGUGUUCUAUUACCCAAUCUCUAUCAAGCCUGGAGCUGCAGCAUGAAAAAUUACGGAAUAGUCAGUUCUCCACAUUCUUGUGAUCUCGAUUUCAAUUUGUAUAGAUGAUUUUUUGGCAUAUUGAUGGGAUCUGAUGAAGGGGAUCUGCGGAGGUGUAGAUGUAUUUAAUAUCUGUGAUUUACCAUAUGAACUUACAAUGAAGCAUUAUCCUGAUUCAAA